UCUGCGGCGUUGUGAAAUAGAGUCGUUGCAGGCGUGAAUCUGCGGAGUCGCGUUAAGGUCACACGCUGUGGCUGCCUGAAUUCCCCUCUUUGUGUUUACACAUCCGGGUUCCCCCUGUUUGCAGCCCAUUCCCCAUUUAGAAGCCAUUUUGGACACAGAUCAGUAACAUGCAUGUAAACCCCGACCGACCUCCCGAUGCAGCGGUGCUACUAUCCGAGUGAAUAACCUCAACAACAACAGAAAAAAGAAGCGCCGAGCUUUCGCCUCGGACGGGGUUUUUGUCGACUUCAUUUCUUUCGGUUUUAUUUUGGUUUUGUUUUGUGUUUUGGGGACCCGCUUUCGAUGCGAAAGGCUGCACGCGCUAGCGGACUCAAACCGUCGGGUUAAUCGCUGCCAUCUCUUUCUUGCAACAUUGUUGCGGCGCCGCGGCUAUUGACACGAGUUGUGGCGGCGGCGGCGGUGGUUCAGGCCGCUGGAGGGACCGGAGGCCCGUGGUCCUUUUGAUCCUGGACGGAUGUUUUUGGACAACCCGAGUUUUAAUGCUCGCGACGGAACGCAGGGGGAACAUAUCGGUGCUGUGAUCCAAACGGAACAUGUCUUUUUCAUGGAUGACUUGUUCACUUCUUCUGGGAACUUUAUGCGCAGGGUACAGUCUGGGCGAAGCCGAGACCCGGGAGUGUGUGUACUACAAUGACAACUGGCGCACGGAGAGGACCAACCAGAGCGGCUUCGAGCGCUGCGAGGGCGAGAAGGACAAGCGGCUGCACUGUUACGCCUCCUGGCUCAACUCCUCAGGGACCAUCAAGCUGGUGAAGAAAGGCUGCUGGCUGGACGAUUUCAACUGCUACGACAGGCAAGAGUGUGUCUCUAUGGAGGAAAACCCUCAGGUCUUCUUCUGCUGCUGCGAGGGCAACUACUGCAAUGAACGAUUCACCCACCUUCCUGACAUGAUUGGCAGUGGCAACCGAGUGAAAAUCCGACCUCCACCCCGAGUGCCGUCGCUGCUCAACGUGCUGGUGUACUCCCUGCUGCCUCUCUGUGUGCUGUCCCUGGCCCUCGUUCUGGCCUUGUGGAUGUACCGCCACCGCAAACCUCCCUACGGCCACGUGGACCUGAGCGAGGAUCCCGGAGCCACCCCUCCCUCCCCCUUGGUGGGUCUGAAACCACUGCAGCUGCUGGAAAUCAAAGCAAGGGGGCGCUUUGGUUGUGUUUGGAAGGCCCAGUUAAUGAGCGAAUAUGUUGCUGUAAAGAUCUUCCCUGUUCAGGACAAGCAGUCAUGGAUAAACGAGCGGGAUAUAUUCUUGACUCCGGGGAUGCGUCAUGAAAACCUCUUGCGUUACAUCGCUGCAGAGAAGCACGGCACCAACCUGGAGACGGAGCUGUGGCUUAUCACAGAGUUUCAUGAGAGGGGCUCAUUGACGGACUACCUGAAGGGCAACACUGUGAGCUGGAGUGAUCUGUGUCACAUAGCAGAGACCAUGUCCCGCGGUUUGGCUUACCUCCAUGAGGACAUUCCCAGCUACAAGGGCGAGGGACCCAAACCCACCAUUGCACACAGGGACUUCAAGAGUAAGAAUGUGAUGGUACGAGACGAUCUGAGUGCAAUCAUCGGCGACUUUGGGCUCGCUGUACGAUUUGAACCGGGAAAACCUCCGGGAGACACUCAUGGACAGGUGGGUACGAGGCGUUACAUGGCUCCAGAGGUGCUGGAGGGAGCCAUAAACUUCCAGCGAGACUCCUUCCUGAGGAUAGACAUGUACGCUAUGGGCUUGGUGCUGUGGGAGCUGGUGGCUCGCUGCACAGAGACGGACGGUACGGUUGGCGAGUACAUGCUGCCGUUUGAGGAUGAAAUAGGCCAGCACCCCUCCCUGGAGGAUCUGCAGGAUGUGGUCGUGCACAAGAAGAUGCGUCCAGCCAUCAAGGACUGCUGGCUCAAACAUCCUGGUCUGAGCCAGAUGUGCGAGACCAUCGAAGAAUGCUGGGACCACGACGCGGAGGCGCGACUGUCUGCUGGUUGCGUGGAGGAGCGCAUCGGCCAGAUCGCCAGGACGAUCAGCAGCUCUACCUCGGACAGCCCCGUCUGCAUUGUGAUGUCUCUCACCAACGAGGACCUACCUCCCAAAGAGUCCAGCACCUGAAUGGGGGACCCCAUCCUUCACCUGAGCAAGACCUGACUUUUUAUUCUUUCAAAUCCAAACUCAGCGGAUCUCCGUGAAUAUUUAAAAACAUAGAAAACUAAACAACUAGCAACUUGAAUGCAGCUGCUAUUUUAUCCCACACUGGUCAUUCUUCUUCAUUUUCUUUUUUGGUUGGUGUUUAAAGUCAGAUCUUACUAACGCAUCCAUCUGCUGUAGCUUUUGAAGUAGUACCAACAUAUGCGAUUGGGCGCAUCUGAUAACACCCAUGUGUUGAAUCUUAAAUGUCGUCAUUACCUCAUGUAUUUCUUUUCUUUUUCGUGUUGGUAUAUAUUUUUUUUAUUACCUCAUACGUUGUUAUCUUGGUCGUUCGUCCUGUCUCGGUCAUGAUCGUCUGCGGCCAAAUGAAACAAACCUUUUGCUCCAAACCUGGGACGACGCGCUGCACACCUCGGAGGAACCGCUUUGAGACUGUUAGACAAUAUAUAUUCAUCUUCCUCAGGGGUCGACACUUCUUGAUUUUCCAACUCGAGUGUGCUCCCUCAUUUUAAACCUGUGAAUGCCUCAGAAUGGGAAGAAAAGAUAUGAAAAUAAUCGGGAGUACAGUUGUGUUCACCAGGAGGGAGGAGCUAAAGGGGGAGCUGAGCUGAGCUGAGCUGAGCAGUUCUAUUGGACAUCUACGACUUUUUGAAGAUUUGGGGCAAGCCUCUUGUCCCCGGGGAUCUACCUCUCAGGUAUCCAGUAGGCUUCUUUGGAACAUUUUCUCUAAGUUCAGAGCCAAGCUAUCCAGCUAGCUAUCAUGGACAUAUUCCUGGAUUUUAUUUUGUUUUUUUAAUUGUAGAAAUUCAGAGUUACUCUUUUGCCAGUGCCAGGGGGCAUUGACGGACGCUGUCUGGAGUUCCAAUGUCACUUGUCUGUGUGUGUGUGUGUGAGAGAGAAUUUGAAGACUAAAUGAUGGAUAGUGUUUUUAAAGUAAGAAGCAUGGACAGAUAGUUGGGGUUUAUCCUUGCGAGGGGCAUACUUGAGUAAGCAACAUGUCUGUUUUUUUCUUCUUUUCAUUUUCAUGGGUCAGACACCAGUCCCCAGAUACCUCAAGUCACUAUACAUCAUGCAAGGAGAGCUCAAAUGGUUGCCUUUGUCUCAAAUGCAAUGCCAUAGUUGUACCAUAACAUGAAUACCAUACAUUGAAUGUCCGUUAUGCUGCUGUGACUAUUCCAGGAUACUCAAGGAUUUGUAGAUGUAUAUGUUGUUGAUAUAACUCUAAUGAUAUUAUGUGAGGCUAAUAUUCUGUUUUUUUUUUGUUUUUUGACGGUAAGCCCUCAGCUGCUUACUCCUCCAGACUGACCUCAGAUAUUCUGACAAGUACCUCAGGCUUUUUCUACAUGUAUAUCAAGUUGUGUUAUGUAUUUUAUUGUGUUUUAGUAGUUGAGAUAUUUUAUUGCCAGUUGGGCCUCUGUCUGUGGAGAUUUCCUUUUCUUUUUUUUUAAGAGCCUGACCAGUUGUCACAGUGUGAAUGCUGUACAAACCUAAAAGAAGAGGCAGAUUCUUGUAAAUAGACCUGUUCACACAGUUGCCGAACACUAAUCUGUUUUUAAAAAAUAUAUAAAAGCAGGAUAUUGUUUUCAUUUCACAAAAACAGAAAAGAGUUUCCCAGUUCCACCUAUACAUAUUUAAAAGUAAUUUUGACAUCAAGCCCUGUGAUAUUUUAUAUAUAUAUAUAUAUAUGAAUAUAUAUUCCUUUUUUUUUUCUUCAAGAAUGGUGACUUUUAUUAAUAAUGGUAUCAGUUCCUCUGAAUCAGAAGCUGUGUAGGUAGCACUUGCAUUAGAAAGCUUAGUGUGUAUAUCAUCAUCAUCAUCAACAACAAAAAAAAUCCCUAAUGGUUUGGUGCUGGUGGCUUCUGUGAUUGGCUACUUGCUGGAAAUGCCAGUUUUUACAGUAUUACCUCAAUAAUUAACCCGCUGAUGUGAUGUUCAGACCUGUUGGUGAUAGUUAAACCACGUUGGACGACACGCAGGCUCAUCUGUUGUGCUUUGAUUGGUGUUGUGAAAGGUGGUGAUUUAACAGUGCUCCGUGACGCUUGAUCCUGUGCAUUUUUGGUAAAGAACGUGUGAGGAAAAAAAACAGAAAACCCCCCCCCAUCAAUCCAUACCGAAUAAUUUAAAGUAUUUAGGAAUCAUCAACUACGUGAUUGAUAAUGCACCCCCAUCAUGUAAAAAGUGGCAUGUGCGUGGUCCAAGAGUCCAGCAAUAUUUAUUAUACAGCAAUAGUCACUUGAAUAUUGUAGUUUAAGUACUUAAACUCCGAUGUGACUUAGCAGUUUUCUUUUGUUGAUUUAAAGUACAUCUCAUCACACCUGGAUCAUGUUCUGAUGAAGACACAUGUGACAACCCUCUUAAUAGAACACGUGCUGUGGGUUGACUCUUUGUGUGUGUGAGAGCUGAACGCGACCCAGGUGCUUUCACAUAUUGUGCCAGAAAAAUAACGAUCACAAAAGGAAAAUCUGCCGUGACCGUUUGUUACCUCCAAAUGCUGUUUUACACCCAGCUCUUCUAAACAGAGAACACCUGUUACCUCGUGCAGUACCUCGUUAGUAACACUAACAUGGAGUCAGUCUCAUCUUCAAAACAAAAACAGGAAAUAUAUUAAUGUGUACAUAUUAACAUGACAAAUGUAAAGGGUCUCUUCCUUUCUAUGUGUGAAUCAAAAACAAAAUCUUUUUUUUUUUUUUUUUAAUUUA